UUCAUGCCGGGCCGCAAUCUGCCCAAAGUCGCGAUUGUUAGAUCACAUGCCAUCGUUGAUCAGUGAGAAAUUUAGUCAACAAUCAACAACACGCUUCUUUCUUUGGAACCACCACGGUGCAGCCACUUUCGCGUUUUCAAAGAGGUGUCUCAGGCGCGACGUUUGCGAUAUCAUUUCCGGUGGAUUUUUCUUCAGGCUCCUAAACAAUAACCCAAUCUUUGAAGGGAACUAGCUGCGAUUGUUGUGAAACAUUCUCGAUCUUUAUCUUCAAACGUUAAAAUAUGGCCCCUGCUGCAAAGUCUGGCGGAAAGUCGAAAGCAGGCGGAGGUGGAGCACCGGGAGCGCCCAACCAGUCUAAGAACGUACAGACGAGGAGUCAAAGGGCGGGCUUGCAGUUUCCAGUAGGUCGAAUUCACCGUUAUCUAAAACAACGCACACAACACAACGUCCGUAUCGGUGCGAAGGCUGCAGUUUACACUUCUGCCAUCUUGGAGUACCUUACAGCUGAAGUUCUGGAACUCGCAGGUAAUGCAUCAAAAGAUUUGCGAGUGAAGCGAAUUACCCCUCGUCAUUUGCAGCUCGCUAUUCGUGGUGAUGAGGAGUUGGAUACACUUGUGAGGGCUACUAUCGCUGGAGGAGGUGUCCUGCCGUUCAUUCACAAGAGUCUCACUACAAAUCCCAAGGCUCUUAAGAAGGGCACAGAGCCGCCGCUUGCCUAGGACUGGACUUCGGUUAUCAGCUAUUCGAUCCGUAUCGUAUAUGUGUCCGCAUGUGUCCAUAGCACUAGCACUUAGUAUGUAGUUUCUGUACUCAUUUAUAUAUGUCUUUAUGUAUGUAGCAUUAAAGAAGACAAUUCCAAGGAUGACUCUUUAACUCAG